UAUUUCAGAUGGCGUUUCUUACAUUUUACAUCGUUUGGUCUGCUUGAAAUGGAGAAGUGGCAAGAGUGUUCUUUGUAUUAAUAUUCCUGAAGAAAACAUUCUUUCAAAAUUAUUUCAAAAUGACUUCACACAUGAUGCAUUUUGUUAUUGGUCUGAAAAGUCGUAGUGAGGAACUACGUUCAAAGACAGCACGAGAUUUACAUCACUAUGUUACAACUGAAUUAAGAGAAAUGUCCGUAGAAGAUGUCACAUCUUUUAUGGAUGAUUUUAAUCAUCAUAUAUUUGAGAUGGUCUCUAGUUCUGAUAUAAGUGAAAAAAAGGGAGGAAUAUUAGCAAUAGUUAAUUUAAUUGGAGUUGAUGUGGGAAAUACAAGUACUCGAAUCAGUCGGUUUGCUAAUUAUCUUCGUAACUUACUUCCAUCUGCUGAUACUACUGUAAUGGAACUUGCAGCUUGUGCAGUGGGAAGAUUGGCAUUAGCAAGUGGAACUUACACUGCUGAAUAUGUAGAUUUUGAAGUGAAAAGAGCUUUUGAAUGGUUGAGUGGAGAUAGAAAUGAAGGAAAAAGACAUGCUGCUCCUAUAAUCAGAGAAGCAGCAGUGGCAGCUCUGCGAGCAGCUCUUGUUGUCACUACACAACGUGAAACCAAAGAAUCCCAAAAACCUCAGUGGUAUAGGCAAUGUUAUGAUGAAGCAGAAAAAGGAUUUGAUGAAAUUCCACCUAGAGAAAAAAGUGUAAACAGAGACGACAGACUUCAUGGUUCACUAUUAGUAAUAAAUGAAUUACUUAGAUGCAGUAAUGCUGAAGGAGAGUUUUCUCUGUUUCAGAAAAUCAGGCACGAAUUAGAAGAUAUAACUCAGCAACAAGCAACUCAUGAAGCAUAUUCUCAACGUUAUCACUUUCUUAAAGAACUUGGAUCUGGAUCUUUGACUCGUAGUUUUCGUGCACUUCAUCAGUUACAUCAUUAUCAUCAUUUAACAGCUCAUCAUGGAAUUGGUCUAUCAGCUGUUGUUCGUUACCAUAAAGCUCUUGGGACAUUUCCUGGAACAAUGUCACAAACACGUCGUUUGCCAUUAUAUGAAAGUAAUACAUGUAAACAGUUAAUGAUAGAAAAAUUUGAUCAUAUUUGUCAACAAGUGAUGCGUCUGAAAGCUACAAGAAGUGUCUACAUUCAACAGACUUUAUUGAUAAUAAUUCCAAGAUUGGCUGCCUUUCAAACACAGGAAUUUGUUAAAAGUUAUUUAAAUGAAGCAAUGGCUUAUUUACUUGGAUGUUUGAGAAGAGACAGAGAGAGAUUUUCUGCAUUUACUGCUAUCGGAUUACUCUCAGUUGCAGUAGGACCUGAAAUAAAGCGCCAUAUACCAAGAAUAAUGGAUGUGAUCAGAAAUUCUUUACCUUCUAAGGAUACUCCUUCAAAAAAAAAAGGACCAGCUAUGGAACCAGCUGUUUUUACAUGUAUUAGUAUGUUGGGGAGAGCAGUUGGUCUUUCAAUUAAAAAUGAUAUCAAGGAAUUAUUAGAACCAAUGAUGGCUACAGGACUAAGUCCAGCUUUAACUGCUGCACUUCAUGAAUUAUCUGUACAAAUUCCACAACUGAAGAAAGAUAUCCAAGAUGGUCUAUUAAAAAUGCUAUCUUACAUUUUAAUGCAUCGUCCACUUCGUCAUCCAGGAAUGCCAAAACACAUUCAAUUUCCCCCACCAUCUUCUACAUAUUUGCAGUCUUUAAUGGAAUCCUCAGAUGUUGCAAGUAUUACUUUGGCUUUAAGGACUUUAGGAAGUUUUGAUUUUCAAGGAAGAUCACUUAUGCAGUUCAUUAGACAUUGUGCUGAUACAUAUUUAAAUAGUGAACAACGAGAAAUCAGACUAGAAGCAGUAAAGACCUGUUGUCGUCUUUUAUCUCCUGCUGUACAAUCAAUGAAAAUUAGUGGAAGAUAUAGUGCAACAUUGAUGCAUACAGUACAAGAUGUUCUUGGAAAAUUACUUGUUGUGGGAGUUACUGAUGCUGACUCUGAUGUUCGUUAUUGUGUACUUGCCUCAUUGGAUGAAAGAUUUGAUGCACAUUUAGCUGAAGCUGAAAAUCUUAGUGCGUUAUUCAUGGCAUUAAAUGAUGAAAUAUUUGAAAUUCGAGAGUUAGCUCUGUGUUCUAUUGGUAGACUUAGUAAUCUCAAUCCUGCAUAUGUUUUGCCUCCACUUAGAAAAGUUCUGAUACAGAUAUUAUUGGAAUUGGAACAUUCAGGAAUAGGAAGAAAUAAAGAACAAAGUGCUAAAAUGCUUGGACAUUUGGUUGCUAAUACACCUCGUCUUAUUAGACCUUAUAUGGAACCUGUUUUAAAGGUUUUAAUUCCAAAAUUAAAAGAUCCAGAUCCAAAUCCUAGUGUUGUGAUAAGUGUCUUGGCUGCUGUAGGUGAACAAGCUCAGGUUAGUGGAAGAGAAAUGAGAAAAUGGAUGGAUGAAUUGCUUCCAAUUAUUAUAGAUAUGUUACAAGAUUCUUCUUCACUUCCAAGACGUGAGGUAGCAUUAUGGACUCUGGGACAGUUAGUUGAAAGUACUGGAUAUGUUGUUGAACCAUAUGGCAAAUACCCAAAUUUAUUAGAAGUUAUAUUAAGUUUUUUGAAAACAGAACAGUCUCCUGGUAUUAGAAGAGAAGCUAUACGAGUAUUGGGAUUAUUAGGUGCCUUAGAUCCUUAUAAGCAUAAAGUAAAUUUAGGAGUUAUAGAUCAUUCUGGUGAAUCUGGAGGUGUUCUUAGUAUGAGUGAUUCUAACCAAGAUAAUCAAGAAUUGAAUGCUAGUGAAAUGUUAGUAAAUAUGACUGGAUCCUUAGAUGAAUUUUAUCCAGCAAUUGCUAUUGGUACUCUGAUGCGAAUAAUUCGAGAUCCAUCACUCUCACAACAUCAUACUAUGGUUGUUCAAGCAAUAACAUUUAUUUUUAAAAGUUUAGGAAUUCGUUGUGUACCUUAUGUUCAACAUGUAAUGCCUUCAUUCAUAAGUGUUAUUCGUACUUCUGACACUACAGUUAGAGAGUUUCUGUUUCAGCAAUUGGGUCAUUUAAUAUAUAUUGUUAAACAACAUAUUAGAAACUAUUUGGAUGAUGUGUUUGAUCUAAUAAAAGAAUUCUGGACUGUAAAUAAUCCAAUGCAAAAUACGAUCAUUCUUUUAGUAGAACAGAUUGUUGUUGCUCUUGGUGCGGAAUUUAAAAUUUAUUUACCUCAACUUGUUCCUCACAUUUUGAGAGUUUUUAUGCAUGACAAUAGUCCACAAAAAUCUGUAACCUCAAAGCUUUUAACUGCUCUUCAAAAAUUUGGUUCUAGUUUAGGUGAUUAUCUUCAUUUGUUAUUACCACCUAUUGUUAAAUUGUUUGAUUCUCAUGAUACGCCAGUUAUUGUUCAAAGACUUGCAUUAGAAACAAUUGAUCAUCUUUCUGAAACAUUAGAUCUUACAGAAUAUGCUUCUCGCAUUAUCCAUCCACUUGUAAGGACACUGGAUAAUACACCAGAAUUGAGACAAGUUUGUAUGGAUACAUUAUGUGCUUUGGUUUUACAACUUGGUAAAAAAUAUCAAAUUUUUAUCCCAAUGGUUUGUAAAGUAAUAACUAAACAUAAAAUUGUUCACCAACGUUAUGAUGUACUCACUUGUAGAAUAAUUAAGGGAACAACAGUUGCUGAAGAGGAAGAUGAUCCUCUCAUGCAUGUUAAACGUCAUGGAAGAUCUAGAAUACAUGAUCCUGAUGGUAGUUCAGUUUCUGGUGAUGGAACAGGUACAAUCAAAAAAUUACAAGUUAGUUCUGCUAAUUUACAGAGGGCUUGGGGUGCUACAAGAAGAGUGUCAAAAGAUGACUGGUUAGAAUGGUUAAGACGCUUAAGUAUUGAAUUACUGAAAGAAUCUCCUUCUCCUGCUCUUCGUUCUUGUUGGGCAUUGGCACAAUCUUACAAUCAAUUGCCCAGAGAUCUUUUCAAUGCUGCAUUUUUAUCCUGUUGGACAGAGUUAAAUGAACAACAACAAGAAGAAUUAAUUCAAUGUUUGGAACAAGCUCUUACUACUCAAGAUAUUCCUGAAAUUACUCAAACACUUCUGAAUCUUGCAGAAUUUAUGGAGCAUUGUGAAAAGGGCCCUCUUCCACUUGAUACUACGUUAUUAGGAGAGAGAGCGAUGAAGUGUCGUGCUUAUGCAAAAGCAUUACAUUAUAAAGAAGAUGAAUUUCAUGGUGAGNCAUUAUUUAACUUCAUUUAUUUAUUUAUUUUAAUAUCUAUUCACAGAGAUCUUUUCAAUGCUGCAUUUUUAUCCUGUUGGACAGAGUUAAAUGAACAACAACAAGAAGAAUUAAUUCAAUGUUUGGAACAAGCUCUUACUACUCAAGAUAUUCCUGAAAUUACUCAAACACUUCUGAAUCUUGCAGAAUUUAUGGAGCAUUGUGAAAAGGGCCCUCUUCCACUUGAUACUACGUUAUUAGGAGAGAGAGCGAUGAAGUGUCGUGCUUAUGCAAAAGCAUUACAUUAUAAAGAAGAUGAAUUUCAUGGUGGGCCAACAACAGAAGUUUUAGAAGCUUUAAUUAGCAUAAACAACAAAUUACAACAACCAGAAGCUGCAGCAGGAGUAUUGGAAUAUGCCAUGAAAAAUCAUGGAGCAGAUCUUAAAAUUAAAGAACGAUGGUAUGAAAAAUUACAUGAUUGGGAAAAUGCUUUACGUGCUUAUCAACAAACCAGAGAACAAAAUCCUGAUGAUGUUGAAUUAAUCAUGGGUCAAAUGAGAUGUUUAGAAGUUUUGGGAGAAUGGGCUCACCUCUAUCAAUUAGCAAGUGAAACAUGGCCAAAAGCAAUAGAGAUUCAUAGACAGAAGUUGGCACCAAUGGCUGCUGCUGCUGCCUGGGGAUUAGGUCAUUGGGAUAGCAUGGAAGAAUAUACUCAAGUUAUUCCUAGAGAUAGUACAGAUGGAGCAUUUUAUCAGGGUGUUCUUGCAGUGCAUAGAUCACAAUUUCAUUUAGCUCAACAGUUUAUAGAUAAAGCAAGAGAUUUAUUAGAUACAGAACUUACAGCAAUGGCUGGUGAAAGUUACAGUAGAGCAUAUGGUGCUAUGGUUCAUGUACAAAUGUUAGCUGAACUUGAAGAAGUAAUUCAAUAUAAAUUAAUUCCAGAAAGAAGAGAAGUGAUUAAACAGAAAUGGUGGGAUAGGUUGCAGGGUUGCCAAAGAGUUGUAGAAGAUUGGCAAAAGAUAUUACAAGUUCAUUCAUUAGUACUGAAUCCACAAGAUGAUAUGAGAACAUGGUUAAAAUAUGCAAGUUUAUGUCAAAGAGCUGGUCGUUUAGCAUUAUCUCAUAGAACAUUGGUGAUGUUACUUGGAAUGGACCCUACAAUGCAGUCAGACAUGCCUAUUCCUACUGCUAGGCCUCAUGUUACAUUUGCAUAUAUAAAACACAUGUGGAAAAGUAAUCAAAAAGAAAGUGCUUUUCGGCAACUUCAGUAUUUUGUUCAAACAGCACUUCAUCCACAAAAUUUGCAUUUAAUUUCUUCAGAAGAUCAACAAAGAACGGAACUAUACAAACUAUUAGCAAAAUGCUAUUUGAAGUUAGGAGAAUGGCAAGAAAGCUUACAAGGCAUAAAUGAAACAUCAAUUCCUAUGAUACUACAAUAUUAUGCUGCUGCUUCAGAAAGAGAUAAAAACUGGUAUAAGGCUUGUCAUGCAUGGGCUUAUAUGAAUUAUGAGGCUGUUUUAUUUUAUAAACAUCAAAAACCAAAGAAACAAGAUGAAUUAACAAAUUCUAAUAAUUCAAAUAUAUCUUCUGAUGUCUCAUCAGUAGCUACACAAGAGUCAGAAACAGUAGAUGCUUCAAAACUUGGUUUGAAAAUAGAACACAUACGAAAUUAUGCAGUUCCAGCUGUACGUGGAUUUUUCCAUUCUAUUGCUCUUUCUCAUGGUAAUUCUCUUCAGGAUACUUUAAGACUUUUAACUUUAUGGUUUGAUCAUGGUCAGUAUACUGAAGUACAUGAAGCUGUUUCUGAUGGAGUUAAGACUGUACCUAUUGAAACAUGGCUUCAGGUUAUUCCACAAUUAAUAGCUCGCAUUGACACAACUCGUCCAACUGUUAGCAACUUAAUUCAUCAAUUAUUAUUGGAUAUAGGCAAAUGUCAUCCUCAAGCAUUAAUUUAUCCUUUAACUGUUUCAUCUAAAUCUGCUGCUCCAGCUCGUUUAAAUGCAGCAAACAAAAUAUUAAAGAGCAUGUCUGAACAUAGUGGUGUGCUUGUUCAACAAGCAAUGAUGGUUAGUGAAGAACUAAUUCGUGUAGCCAUUUUAUGGCAUGAAUUAUGGCAUGAGGGAUUAGAAGAAGCAUCUCGUCUUUAUUUUGGUGAAAGAAAUAUAAGGGGCAUGUUUGCAACAUUGGAACCUCUUCAUCACAUGAUGGAUCGUGGACCACAAACCUUGAAGGAAAUUUCAUUUAAUCAGGCUUAUGGACGAGAUUUAACAGAAGCUCUGGAACAUUGUAAACGAUAUCAACGUACCGGAAAUAUGCAAGAUUUAACACAGGCUUGGGAUUUAUAUUAUCAUGUAUUUCGAAGAAUAUCAAAACAGCUGCCUCAACUGACUUCAUUGGAGUUACAAUAUGUUUCACCAAAAUUGAUGAUGUGCAGAGAUUUAGAAUUAGCAGUUCCAGGAAGUUAUAAUCCUAGUCAGCCAGUAAUCAGAAUCUCAAAAGUUGAAAGUUCUUUACAAGUUAUUACAAGUAAACAAAGACCAAGAAAACUUUGUAUUAAAGGUAGUAAUGGCAAAGAUUUCAUGUUCUUAUUAAAAGGACAUGAAGAUUUAAGACAAGAUGAAAGAGUAAUGCAGCUAUUUGGCUUGGUCAAUACACUUCUUAUAAAUGAUCCUGAAACAUCUUUACGAAAUUUAACAAUCCAAAGAUAUGCUGUCAUUCCAUUAUCAACAAAUAGUGGUUUGAUUGGUUGGGUACCACAUUGUGAUACUUUACAUACACUUAUUAGAGAUUACAGAGAAAGGAAGAAAAUAUUAUUGAAUAUAGAACACAGAAUUAUGUUAAGAGUAAGUACACAAUUAUUCAAUUACUUUGCACAUUUUUUAUUAGAAAUAAAAUAUUCUGGAGAAAAGAAUAGAACCAGAGUGGGAUUCAAGCCCAUAACUUCUGCUUACCAUGCAGAUGCAUUGCUAGUUACGCUACCUAGACCUUUGUCUGAUCCCGCACUUCCAGACAUAUUUAAUUUAGAUAUAACUAACCUCAGUUACUUGUGGUGCUGCCUGGGACAACUCUUCACCCAUGGCCUAUAA